UUAAAUACAAUUUUAAAACAAAUUAAAAUAUAUAUCAAGAUGCCCAUCAUGAUUAUUAUAAUACACAUAUUUUUUAUCGGUUUUUUUCCUUCAGGAAAGUAAGAGUAAACACAGAAAGCCUGCAUUCCCUUGUUCAAACAACUGCAAAUCGGCUCAAGGAAAGGAUAAAAGAACAUUUCUGCGAAGAAGCCCAUCACAUAUACCAAGAGGCAGGAGAAAUACACACCCUCCAUCUUAAGGGAGCUUUGUCAUUAUCUUACAACGACAAUGAAGAAAUGAGCAUCAUAAACUUAAACGAAACUAGUACGAAAGAAGACUUGGGAGACAGUGAAGAUUUUAAAGCUUUCCACGGCCAGGUAAAACCCAGUGAAUCUGGCACCAUGCUACAAAUGGAUGUAUCCAGACGGUCAGAAUCAGUGGCCAACGAUCAGCAACUCUUUGAACAUGUAACUUCAUUAGGACAGCUGGAACUGAUGAGAAAAUAUGCACCCUGUCACCCUAUGCCUCAGCUAGACGAUUCUCGCCUGAAUAUCAGCGAAAACGAAAACAGCACUCAACAGACAGAAAACCGUAACAUCAUGAUAAUGAAGAACAGUUUCAAAACGAACGAUGAAGACAUCUAUGGUAGUACAGCGGCCGUCUCCACAUCUUCCUCCAAACACAGUUAUUCACCCACCUUUCAGGAUACAAGUUUUACUAAAAUAAAAGAUGAAGAUAGCAUAGAGUCCCAGAAUGGUCUUCCAUCGGCAUCCAUCAUCCCCCUAAAGAAAACAGUGAAAGCAGGGAGCAACCAAAGGGAAACAGUUGGAGAAAAUCAAACUGGUGACAGUCUGAGCUACCAGGUGGUACGGGUACCUUCUUCUGAUGAUGACGAUGAUGACGACGAAGGCAUUGACAGUGAUAGCGAAGCAGACUACAUCAAGGAAGAGAGUGAGAUAAAGGACGAGCGGAUGUCUGAUGUGGAUUACGAACCAGGCUUCUCUGAAGAUGACACUGAUGAGAAACAUACUCAGAGUAAAAGAAAACGAAAAAGAUCUGGUGGCCAGGGCCAACAGAAAAGACCGGCGAGCAGACGACAGUCACCAAGGAUUCGAAAAGAAGAAGCCAAACGGCCUUCUUCCUACAGAGGACGCAGAACAGUGGCAAAACUGGCUUUGAAAAUCAAAAUGAAACAGCUGAGCAAGACCAAAGUAAAAGUAAAAAAAACGAUAACUAAAAUAAAAAAAGAAGAAAGUGACGAAGUCAAAGAAAAACGUAAACAAUUAGAAUCCUCGAUCGAUGAAGCCAACUUGGCUUGUUUGUUGUGUAACAAAACGUUUGACACAAAACGAGCUUUCAGACGACAUACCAACCGCCACUGGUCGAACUUCCAGUGUGACCAAUGUGGGAAAAACUUUUCUUCAAUAGAUUCUUUGUCUCACCACCAACGAGGUCUACACAGCAACAUAAAACCAUACUCUUGUGAGGAGUGCGGUCAGUUUUUCAACUUCCACCACAGCUAUAAGCUACACAUGCGGAAACACCGCGGCGAACGACCUUACCAAUGCGAUCUCUGUGAUAAGUCAUACCUGACCGGGACACACCUUAAAGCACACAAGCAGGCGAUUCACCAUAGCGGAGAUAAACACAAGUUUACUUGUAAUGUUUGUAACAAAGAAUUUAACUACAACAACAGCCUGAAAACGCACAUGAUGAUACAUCUGAACGAACGACCACACAAAUGUUCCAUGUGCAGUAAAGGGUUCGUCACGCGCCAGGCGUUAAAAGCACACGAGGAAUCGUACCACGUUUCUGAAAAGAACUAUCAGUGCGACAUAUGCCUUAAAUUUUACAAAUCUGAGCAUUUGCGUAAUGUCCAUCGGCGUCGUCACACGGAUGAUGUCAAUAGAUUUAUGUGCGACAUCUGUGGUCGCCAGUUCAUGUUCAAGAGUAAUUUAGACGCACACGUGUUCGUACAUAUGGACGCACGUCCUUUUUCUUGUAAACUAUGUGGGAAAACAUUCAAAUGUAUGUCGUCAUUGUAUACCCACCAGUACACGCACAAAAGUGACACCCCAUUUCAGUGUCGCGUUUGCGCUAAAACUUUCAAAACGAAAAACUGUUGCAAGGCUCACGAAAAACGACAUAAUCCGGAAAAGACCUUUGUAUGCCAUACGUGUGGCAGUUGUUUUCCAGAUAAAGGGGGUUUAAGCAAACACAUUAGAACGAUCCACGCUCCAGCAAGGCAGUUUGUUUGUAAGUUCUGCGGCAAGACAGGAACUAGAGCGGACAAUAUGAGGACCCACGUGAAGAGUCACGGCAAGGACCUAACUCCCGAAGAGCUUCAGAACUGUAUCUCAGAAGUUUCCAUCACAGACUCGACCGAGGAAGGCAUCUCUACACAAAUGACCAUUAAUUCUGCUUUGACCUACAAUCCUAUAUCGAAGCUUAAACCUUUGGGUAGGAAAUGUGUCCCGCAGACUAUACCGUCGACCUCAGCUCAUUCCCCGUUGUCUGCCCAUCACCAGCUUCAGUCUCCAGUAGCAGAGGGUAUGUCUGAGCCUGCUGCCCAAGUCACAGAGAUUAUCCACCACGACAUGGCCAUGAUGAGACAAGCAGCGGCUGACAUGGUGCCUUCGAGUCACCCCCAAACUCACACGGUCGCCCCGUCCGGCCUGGUUCCUCUGCAUUUGGUACCAAUGUCCCGUUCGCCGAAUCCGAUACAGCAGAGUAUGGGCUUGGCAAACCAGACACACAUGCAGUAUAGUGGGACCGCAGCCGAGCACGAUCCCGGCUCUGUGCAACACGCUCACAUAAUGUCGCCACACGAACAUCGACACCUUCUGAUGGGAGAUGGCAGUCAGUAUCUUUAAAUAACUACUCCCGUGCUUGGCACGGCCCGUCUAUAACCAAAUUGUGCCUGACCGGGUAUCGACUGUAAUGUACCCCCUGUCCACUCGGUGUUUAAGCACACGAUCUGUACCUGUCAAGACCUUCGACCUAAUCCGAAUUGCAAAACAGUUGUUGUGGUAAUCAAAAUCGUAUCUCUGCACAAGGUAGUCAAAGGGACGAUUUCAUAGGACUGUUAGGACUGCCACACUCAAGACUGAUUCGACAAAUCUAAAUAGCACAAAACUGAGCGUGGUGGAUAUAUAUUUUACAUAUAACACACAAAUAAAAUGUACCAAUUACAUUUUUUAUCACCCCCCCCCCCCCCCCCCCCCCGAUUGAUGAUUUGACUGAAAUUAAUUCAUUACGUUUGUGUGAGGUAACAGUGAUCCACUUUCAAUGGAAUUGGCAAAUAAUACGUUACAUAGCCAUUUCUCUAAUUCAUGUGUACAUGCAGACUAAAUGACAACAGAUGUCAUUAAAUGAUUAAUGACAUAAGAUUUUAAUGAAAUGCUAGGAGCGAGUGGGCGGAGGAAAGGUAUGGGUGCCAUCCCCAGUGGCCUCCAAAACCUAAGAAUUUGGUUUCCUUCCUUGCCCGUCAUGAGAGCGAGAGAGAGGGGGGGGGGGGAGAAGGGAGGGAGACAACACCCCUUGAGCUGUGGUGGAGUAAACCGCAAAUAAAUAAAUUAUAUAUAUACAUGUAUAUAUAUAUAUAUAUACACAUGUAUAUAUAUAUAUAUAUAUAAUUAUAUGCUUUAUGUGCUGUAUUAAAAAAAAACAUUGGAUGAAAAUAUACAUGUAUUGCAUUUAAUUUAUAAUGGCCUUAACUAAUACAUUUGUUAUUCCUUGUGUAUACAAAAAUGUAUAUAUGUGUGUUUAAUAUAUUUGGUAAUUUGUCCAAAAGCUAAUAUAUUUCAAAAUAUUCAGGUUUGCAUAGCUUUUUUUUUUAUGGUGUGCAUGGCUCCUUGCUAAUACAGUAUUAUUUAGCAUAUAUUCUAGUAACUGUAAAACAUAUAUACGUGUAUGUACCAAAGGCAUAUUCAGAGGUAGAUCCAACUCUUGUUUCCGGACCCCAUACUGCUAUUACUCGUAUGUUUUUAAUUUGAUGUACAUCACAUAGUUUAAGCAAUUAAAAAAUUUCAUGAAUAUAAAAAUAUAAAAAUCCAUGGCAUUCAGUGCUCGCUGGGCCUAAAUUUGCACCCCUCUUGGAAUCACCUAGGAUCUGAUGCUGAUAUACAUUAUUAAAAUGCAGAGCUCUAAUAUAUAAGUAGCUUAAUAAAGAAUUACACACUG